UCAGUUGUUGAUUUUCUCUUAAGGGCAUUUAAUAUUUCAUUUACUAUGACGGCUCAUUAUGCUCUUUUUAUAGCUAAUUUUAAGAUGUACCAAACCCCGGAUGCCGAUGGUAGAACAGUUGUUAUUUUGGAGCACGCAAAAUCUCGCAAAGUUAUGGCCGUUGACAAAGAGAAUGACACUGUCACUCUAGAGGAUCCUUCAGAGCCUCUGGAUAAGCUCAUGAAGAAGAGCGUAGAAGUGGCUCCUUACAAAAUUCUGUUUCACAAGAGAUGGGGGAAAGACGGUUAUGGUAAGUUUUACUUGCAGUCACUUCUGGAUGAUAAACAGCGAAUCGUUGGAUUUGACGAAAAUGGCGAGCUAAAGAAGACUAUGGUUGCACAGCCAGAUCAUCCAGAAAGUCUCUUCAAGAUAUACUGAUUGCCCCACAUUGGCGCUGUCAACUUUUCUCAACUUUUAACACGACUUUUUUAAAAUUUAUUUUAAAUCAGAAACGUCCCUUGCGACAAGUAAUAGCACCUAGUAACAAAAUUUUCAUCCAGGAAACGCAUGUUGGAUACCUGGCGAAUAAAUUUUAUUUAAAAAAA